CAUUCUCCGCCAGAUCCCGAAAGACAUUAAAACAGCGAACUUUCCUUUUUCCAAUCAACGCAGUUUCCGUUUUAAUUUUUCAUUUGACCUCAUUAUACAGAUGCGUUUCGUCUUCCAUGCCUAAAAUUUACCGGGUGAGCGGAGCGUUUUAAGAAGGGUUUUCACAGUAGAAGCUCAGUGUUGAUUUUCAUGGCGAAUUCAGCUAGGGUUUGGCUCUGGUCCGCGCUGCUCGUGUUCUCGGUUGUAAUCUCGGCAAGUGCCGAUGAUUUCGUUGCGGAAGAGUCGGCUUCGGCGGUACUCACCCUCGACGCAUCCAAUUUCUCCGAGACGGUCGCUAAGCACCCUUUCAUUGUUGUUGAGUUUUACGCCCCAUGGUGUGGUCAUUGCAAGAAACUAGAACCUGAGUAUGAGAAGGCUGCAUCAUUAUUGAGUAAGCACGUUCCUCCCAUUGUUCUUGCUAAGGUUGAUGCCAAUGAGGAGUUAAACAAAGAGCUUGCCUCUACACAUGAGGUUAGUGGCUUUCCUACACUUAAGAUCCUGCGAAAUGAAGGGAAAAACAUUCAAGAUUACAAAGGCCCACGGGAUGCUGAUGGCAUUGUUGAAUAUUUGACCAAACAAGCUGGCCCUGCUUCUGUUGAGAUUAAAUCCUCAGAGGAGGCAGUUAAUCUCAUAGGGAAAAAAGUUUUUAUCGUUGGGGUAUUUUCUGAAUUUUCUGGAGAGGAAUUUGAGAACUUUACCCAAGUAGCCGAGAAGCUGCGCUCAGAUUAUGAUUUUGGGCAUACUAUUGAUGCUAAGCUGCUGCCUCAUGGGGAUACAGCAGUUAAGAGACCUGUAGUUCGCCUGUUUAAACCAUUUGACGAGCUUUUUGUUGAUUUCCAGGAUUUUCAUUUGAAUACCUUGGAAGGCUUUAUUGAAGCUGCCAGUAUCCCUAUUGUUACGAUAUUUGACAAGGAUCCUGUCAAUCACCCAUAUGUGAUGAAGUUUUUCAACAACCAAAACGCCAAAGUUUUACUUUUCAUCCAUUUUACUGAUGAACAUUUUGAUUCAUUCAAAUCGAAGUAUUUUGAAGUCGCUGAGAAUUACAAAGACAAGAAAUUAAGCUUUCUGCUUGGAGAUGUUAAGGCUGGUCAAGGCGCCUUCCAGUAUUUUGGCCUUGAAGAAAGUCAAACCCCGCUUAUUAUUCUGCAACAAAAUGACGGGAAAAAGUUCCUUAAACCUAACUUAGAAGCUGAUCAGAUUGCAACGUGGCUUAGGGAGUAUGUGGAUGGGAACCUCACACCUUUUAUAAAGUCGGAGCCGAUUCCGGAGGCCAAUAAUGAACCUGUGAAGGUGGUUGUGGCAAACAGUCUACAUGAUGUAGUUUUCAACUCCGGAAAGAAUGUUUUACUUGAAUUUUAUGCCCCUUGGUGCGGACAUUGUAAGAAACUGGCUCCCAUAUUGGAUGAAGUAGCUGUUUCAUUGCAAGAUCAUGCUGAUGUCAUCAUUGCCAAAAUGGAUGCUACGGCAAAUGAUGUACCGAGUGAAUUCGAAGUUCAAGGCUAUCCAACUUUGUAUUUCUCGUCUGCUGCUGGAAAGCUAUUGCAAUAUGAGGGAGGUAGAACAGUCCAAGAUUUCAUUGACUUCACAAACACAAACAAGGAGGCUGCUGCAGAUAGCACUAUUCAUUCUGAUUCCAUUAAAGAUGAACUCUGAUUCUGCGCAGAUUUCUAAAUUGAGCAUGGAAGCGGGUUGAUAAGCGUCACUUCGUGGAGGCUUCCUUACUCAUAUAAUGUUUUUAUUUUAGAAUUUUAAUGGCAUUCAAACAAAGCAUUGGCUUUCAUUUCGGCAAUUUCAUCCACUUUUCUAACAUUUUGAUGAGUAGUGACUGUUCAUGUUUAAAUCUCGGUACUAAUUUCUAUUGCGAUUACAUUUUGGACCCAUUUUCUAAGUUUUAUUUAUUAUAUCUUCA